GCGGGGCGAAAUGGCGGACUGCUCCAUCCUUCAGUUUGUCAGCCCCUACGCUUUCGAAGCCAUGCAGAAGGUGGAUGUGGUGCGCUUGGCAGCCUUGAGCGACCCUGAACUCCGUCUGCUGCUGCCUUGCUUGGUGCGGAUGGCCCUGUGUGCUCCAGCCGAUCAAAGCCAGAGCUGGGCGCAGGAUAAGAAACUGAUCCUCCGCCUGCUUUCGGGGGUGGAAGCUGUCAACUCCAUCGUGGCCUUGCUCUCAGUGGACUUCCACGCCUUGGAGCAGGAUGCCAGUAAAGAGCAGCAACUCAGGCACAAGCUCGGAGGCGGCAGCGGAGAGAGCAUCUUGGUGUCUCAGCUGCAGCACGGCCUGACGCUGGAGUUCGAGCACAGCGAUUCCCCUCGUCGCCUCCGCCUUGUGCUCAGCGAAUUACUUGCAGUUAUGAACAAGGUGGCAGAGUCCAACGGGGAGUUUUUCUUCAAGUCGUCCGAGCUGUUUGAGAGCCCCGUUUAUCUGGAGGAAGCGGCAGAUGUGCUUUGCAUCUUACAAGCAGAGCUGCCUUCGCUGUUACCGAUAGUGGAUGUGGCCGAGGCUUUGCUGCACAUUAAGAACGGCGCCUGGUUCCUGUGUCUCUUGGUGGCCAAUGUUCCUGACAGUUUUAACGAAGUUUGUCGGGGCUUGAUCAAGAACGGCGAGCGGCAGGAUGAGGAAAGCUUUGGGGGCCGCCGGAGGACGGAGGCCCUCCACCACCUUUGCAAGAUGAACCCUUCCCAGGCGUUGAGGGUCCGCGGCAUGGUGGUGGAAGAGUGCCACUUGCCAGGGCUUGGGGUAGCCUUGACUUUAGAUCACACGAAGAACGAGUCUGCGGAGGACGGCGUGAGCGACCUGGUGUGCUUCGUCAGUGGCUUGUUGCUGGGGACCAAUAAAGUGCGGACUUGGUUUGGAACUUUCAUCCGGAAUGGGCAACAGAGAAAGAGGGAGACAAUUGGCUCCGUCCUCUGGCAGAUGAGAAGGCAGCUGCUGUUGGAGCUGAUGGGGAUCCUGCCCACGGUUCGCAGCAUGCGCAUCACUGAAGAGGCCGACACCGACAUGGAGCCCAACGUGUCUGUCUAUUCGGGCCUGAAGGAGGAAAACGUGGUGAAAGCCAGCGCCCUCCUGCGCCUGUACUGCGCAUUGAUGGGCAUCGCUGGUUUGAAGCCCACUGACGAGGAGGCCGAGCAGUUGCUUCAGCUCAUGACCAGCCGCCCUCCUGCCACUCCCGCCGGUGUCCGCUUUGUCUCCCUCUCGUUCUGCAUGUUGCUGGCGUUCUCCACCCUGGUCAGCACUCCAGAACAAGAGCAGCUGAUGGUGAUGUGGCUCAGUUGGAUGAUCAAAGAGGAAGCUUAUUUUGAGAGCACUUCCGGAGUCUCGGCUUCCUUUGGGGAGAUGCUCUUGUUGGUGGCCAUGUAUUUCCAUAGCAACCAGCUCAGCGCGAUCAUUGAUUUGGUGUGCUCCACUCUGGGAAUGAAGAUUGUGAUAAAGCCGAGUUCUCUGAGCCGCAUGAAGACGAUUUUCACUCAGGAGAUUUUCACUGAACAGGUGGUCACUGCUCAUGCGGUCCGCGUGGCUGUCACCGGCAACCUGAGCGCCAACAUCACCGGAUUCCUGCCCAUCCACUGCAUCUACCAGCUUCUCAGGAGCCGAUCUUUCACCAAGCACAAAGUCUCCAUCAAGGACUGGAUUUACAGACAGCUGUGUGAAACCACCACACCUCUGCAUCCUCAGCUGCUUCCUCUUAUCGAUGUUUACAUCAAUUCUGUCCUUACACCAGCUUCUAAAUCCAACCCUGAAGCUACAAAUCAGCCAAUCACAGAAGAAGAAAUCUUAAAUGUUUUCCAAGGACUCACCGGGGGAGAAAAUGCUCGUCUGAGUCAACGUUUCGGCAUCACAGCCCAGCUCCUUGUCCUGUAUUAUGUUUUGUCUUAUGAAGAGGCAAUUCUAGCAAGCUCAAAGUCACUGGCGGCCAUGCAGAGAAAGCCCAAGUCUUACUCCUCUGCAUUAAUGGACCAGAUCCCAAUCAAGUACCUCAUCCGGCAGGCUCAAGGGCUACAGCAGGAACUGGGAGGUAGGUCCGACUGGGAGCAGUGUCUUCGCGAAGGAAGCAAAACAGCAAAACUUUAUUUUGGGAGAGCUUUUGUUUGUGGAGAGAGAAGCAGUGUAUUAAAAAGAGAGGCACGGUGCCUCUGA